UUUGAUGUUGUUGAAUUAACAAUGCUUCAUCCAGUAUACUUCCUCACGAAUCAUUAUCCUUAUCACAACAAAAAUUCGAAUCGAAUUCAAAACAUCAAAAUACAUAUAUCAAUGUGAAAUCCGAAAAAACAUUAUUAUUUUGAAAAAUGAAUGUAUUCUGCGUUUAAAAAAUAUAUUCUCACUAUCACACGAUCCAAUGAACGACUUGAGAACACUUUACGUCAUGGGAAGAAGAUUUGUACGAUCAGUGGGUAACAAACUCGAUCGUAUAGCUACAAAAUACUAUCCUCCGAACCGGGAGUUUCCAGUCUUCGAUAUAGUUACUCCUUGUCCUCUUGUAUCGAAUGUACGUGAGGUUCCAUCACACAUACCACGUCCUCCUUAUGUAACCAAGUCUAAAAGAGGCGAAGAAAGAAUUCCUGAACGAGUGUUGAUCAAAACACCUCAAGAAAUCGAAGGUAUUAAAGCCAGUUGUUCGUUAGCCAGGUCCGUACUAAAUGCUGUGGGAAAAUUUGUUCGUGUUGGCAGAACCACUGACGAUCUAGACUCCUUCGCUCAUGAUUUUAUUAUACAAAAAGGAGCGUAUCCUUCUCCAUUAGGUUUUAAUGAAUUUCCCAGGUCAAUCUGUACAUCUGUAAAUAAUAUCGUCGUUCAUGGUAUUCCAGACGAAAGGAAGUUGAAAAAUGGAGAUAUAGUGACUGUUGACGUAACUGUUUACUAUAAGGGAUUUCAUGGGGACUGCGCCGAAACAUAUUUGGUCGGUGAGGUGGACUUUCGAGCUAAACAAUUAAUAAAAGCGGCUCAACAUGCGUUACAAUCUGGAAUUGAAUGUUGCGGUCCAGGAGUACCUUUCGAGACAAUAGGACGACGAACCGAGAGAGCAGCUCAAAAACAUGGUCUUUCAAUUGUUCCAGCUGUGACCGGUCACGGAAUUGGUAGAUUUUUUCACGAGAGACCUGAAAUUAUUCAUUAUUGUAACGACAGCGUUGAUGGUGAAGAUUACACGAUGAAACCAGGCAUGGUGUUUACAAUUGAACCUGCUGUUAGCGAAGGUACCGAAGAAGUAGAAAUUUAUUCUGACGGCUGGACUGUAACGACGACUGAUAACUCAAGGGCUGCUCAAUUUGAGCAUACAAUUUUGAUCACCGAUACCAGUUAUGAAAUUUUAACAAAUUAGUUGUUUUUUAGUUGAUUUCACUGAUUUGUUUUUAUAAAAUAAAUCAGUAAUUUGUUGAUAUUUCGUGUUGAUAACAUUGUUGUACCUAAUUUAAAAAAUUAGUUGAAUAUAAUAUUUUUUGUUCAGUG